CCUUCCCGCGCUCGUUUCCUUCUCGUUCCACGCCAGCGCAUUCAUCUAGCGCAUCAAUGGAAGCCCAAGACGGCUUUCGGGUAUCCCGAUGACCUCAUACGUACCCCAGCCUUAACCCGUGUUUAUUCUUCUCCUCGUGUAUAUCCAACUCAUUCAAUUUCAACAGCACAUACAGUCAAUAUGCCACUUGCAGUAGUAACAGGAGCCGGCAGCGGCAUCGGCCACGCCUUCGCGGAGAUUCUAAUCCAAGAGGGCUACGAAGUCCACGCCGCCGACCACGAAGUCACCGAAAAGCUCCAAGCCCUCCAAUGCCGCCUGCACAAACUCGACCUGCGCUCCCCGGACUCCAUCACAGCCUUCGCGCAGCAACUCGAAGGCAAGCGCAUCGACGUGCUCCUCAACGUAGCGGGCGUCAUGGUGCCGCGGCAGCAAGACGCCCUCGACACCGUCACGCCCGAAACUUUGCAGCGCCUCUUCCAGACGAACGCGUUUGGCCCGCUGCUCCUCACGCAAGCGCUGCUGCCGAACUUGGUCGCGAUGCCGGGGUCCGUGGUGGGGAUUGUGAGUAGUCGUGUGGGCAGUAUUGGGGAUAAUGAGAGUGGGGGGAUCUAUGCGUAUCGCGCGAGUAAAGCGGCGGUGAAUAGUAUUGGCAAGAGCAUGGCGAAUGAUUUGAAGGAGAAGGGGAUUGUCGUGGCGCUGUUGCAUCCGGGGUUUGUGAAGACGAAUUUGAAUACCGGGUCGGAGCAUCAUCCUGACAGCGUGGAGCCGGAGGAGGCGGCGAGGAAGUUGUGGGGCGUGUUGAUGAGCAAGAGUAUUGAGGACACGGGCAAGUUUUGGCAUCGGGAGGGGAAUGAGUUGCCUUGGUAGAUGGCGAGGCGACAAAGAUGGGGUGGAAAAGCAUUGGUUAUAUCUGCUU